AUGAUCUGGUCUUUGGGGACUGAGGAUUCGGUACCCCACGUCUCCAAUGCUGAGGUCUGGGAGAUGUAUGCUUUAGAGAACCAGGCCAGGGCCGGGCAGCCCCAGAAAAGUUCUGUAGCAGAGGUGGUGCCUGUCUCUGUCCUGAAAUCGAAACCCUCGAAGGAGCAGGGGAGAGUGGCAAAGACAGAAGAAAGCGGUGACUUCCGCGCCCGUCCACUCUGGCCCAGGAAGGCAGAGUACAUGCUGGCCCUGAUGGGCUACAUCAUCAAGCCAAUCAGUCUCUGGCGCUUUGUGUACCUGUGGCUUCACAAAGGAGGCGGCAGCUUCUUCUUCAUCUACACUGUCGUGCUGCUCUUCGUGGGGAUCCCUCUGCUCUUCCUGGAGAUGGCAGUUGGCCAGAGAAUGCACCGGAACAGCAUAGACGCGUGGAAGAUCAUUGCCCCUUGGGCUGGUGGCGUGGGCUACUCCAGCUUUAUAAUGUGUUUCAUCGCGAGCUUGUACACGAAUGUGGUGAAUGCCUGGAUCGUCUUCUACCUGAGCCACAGUUUCCAGUUCCCUGUUCCAUGGGAGAAAUGUCCCUUAUUGAAGAAUUCCAGUGACUUUGAUCCUGAGUGUGCGCAGACGACGCCCUCCGUGUACUUCUGGUACCGGCAGACCCUGAAGGUCUCAGACAGGAUUGAGGAUGGUGGCCCGGUGGUCUCGAGUCUCAGCCUGCCCUUCUUUGUGUCCUGGUGUCUCGUUGGUGCCUUCACAAUCAAGGGGCUCAAGUUCCUAGGAAAGGGCAUGUUUAUCUUGAUGUCAUUUUCCUAUAUCAUCUUCUUCUGCUUCUUCAUCUGGAGUCUACACCUGGAAGGGGCAAAAUAUGGUCUUAAAUAUUUGCUAACUGCCAAGGUGUCGGUUGUGUAUGACCUGAGGGUAUGGUCCAUAGUAGGAGGCCAAGUUUUAUUUGAUCUGGGCUUAGGCUUUGGCCCCAUUGCCUCCUUAUCCUCCCACAUGCCCCAGGCUAACAACUGUCUCAGAGAUGCCUUUAUCGCGGCUCUGGUCAACCUGGUCACCAUGUUCUUCGUGAUACCUUUCGUCCUCUCUGUCCUGGGCUUCUGGGCGACAGUCCUCACGCACCGCUGCACUGAGAAUUCUUAUAGAGCAGUGAUCUGAGCUUCGAUGGAUUUGUACAAGUUAGCUGAGUGAACGCCAGGGUCGGGAGGUCCUCA